GUCCGCGGCGUCGUCGUAGUUGCUCGCAACGGCGACCGACUCGAGUAUUCUCAAGACACGAAGAACUAUAAGAGUUCGCACACGGAGUGCACACCUUUGGGAGAGGUUCAAUCUCAUCAGCUCGGCUCCUACCUUCGUAAGGAGUACUUCACACCCUCCUCUCCUUCCUUCAUUCGUGGGGUCCGUACGGACCUUGUCGAUACGAAUCAAGUGCAAGUGCGCAUCAAAAACGGGGGCGAAGGUCGUGCAGUUUUCGACUCUGCCAUCGCGUUGCUUCAAGGUUUGUUCCCACCGACUGAGAAGAACAGCAUCACGCUGGCCAACGAAACUCAAGUCGUUGCUCCACUCGGAGGUUAUCAAUAUGUUCCCGUGGAGACCGUUGAACCAUCCAAUGACCGCUCACUCGAAAGCUGGACAGACUGCCCGGCCUUCGAAAAUCACGUCAAAGAAUUUUAUGCUUCCUCCAAAUUCAAGGAAACGGAACGGCUGGCGGAAGGUUUCAUGAGGAAAGCAGAUGAUUUCGCUUUUGGUCGAACGACGAACCUCGAGAAUGCACUGUACGACUAUAUGAACCACGAGCUCAUCCAUAACAAAACGUACGCCCACCGCCUUCCGCCGACCUUCAUCGAGCAGGCGCGCCAUUGGGCCAACUUUCACGAGAACGGUGCAUUUUCUGACGGCGAUAUCGGUGGCAUCGGCAACAUUGCCGGGCGCACUAUCCUUGCUUCUAUCAAGAAUUCGCUGCAGCGCAUCACAUACGAUGGCGACCCCCUACAGUUCCUCGUAGAGACGACUACAUAUCAGCCGUUUAUUUCGCUGUUCCAUCAAAUCGAGUUGAUCAAGGACGAUCCCAGUCUUCAAGGCAUUCCCAACUACGCCUCCGCCCUUGCUAUCGAGCUUCGUCGUGGGUCUCUUCCGGACAACCGCGACUUUGUCCGGUUUAAGUUCAAGAAUGGUACGAGUGAAGGAUUCCGCACCCUCCACGCUUUUGCGCAUGGUGGAGAUAUGCCGCUUACUGAGUUCAUCUAUCGUAUCGAGAACGCGGUCAUCAGCUCGAAUCAGCAAUGGCAACGCGUCUGUGGU